GGACGGGGGGAUCCCAAACUGGGUCAGGACCCCCACUGGCGGGCUGUGGGAUUGGGGUUAAGGUGGGUCGCUUGAGAAACAAGAAAAAAAAAAAACCUAAAACUAACAGAACUAACCGCUGUAUGAAAACAUGACAAGGCAAGCCUAGGCCAGCUGGAUCCUGGACACAGCCUGUGGGGAAUAUCAGUCUGUCCGAAAACUGACCCAUGACUUGAUUUGUGAAAAACAUGGACGAGGCGUUGGUUUCAUGUGUGCAAUCGCCUGAUUUUGAAUCACGCGUGGAGCUUUGCAAGAAUCAUCCGUACUAUCUUUUUUUUGUUUUUUAGUUUUAAAUUUUUUUUUUUUUUUUGAGACCAUGGUGGUGUGAUGACACUAGUGAGUGUCCACAGUGCUCGGGAAGGUUUGAGCGGGAUUUAUUUUGAGCGGGUGACAUUGCAAGGGGCCUCUUUGAUAUUUGGGGAAGUGGAGGAACUUUGACCCAGCGCAGCGGUGGUGGGCACAGGAAGGAAGAAACGCGGCUUUGUUCUCGACAGGAAGGGGAACUCCUCUGCAUUGAGCAGCCGAGGUUUCACAAAGCCCAUCUGCAGGGUACACCUUGGAUGCCUUCUAAUGGCCUGACAGCACCAGGAGGCAAAGAGGACUCAGUAGAGUCGGGGCAUCUGGGGGAUUUGACUGAACCUUUCAUGAAUUUAUAAGGGAUUAACGAGGUGGGUUACAUAAGAUACUUCAAAAAUGUCACUGUGUCAGCAGAGGCGGGGAGUGAAGCUGGGGGGGAGAGUGAGACCAGCACAGCAGCAGUGUUAGCAUUUUGGCUCAUCAUCUCAAGCUUUCAUCCGAACAAAAGGGCACUCACAGAGGUUGAGAAAAAUAAGCGAAAAGGAAAUAUUGCGCUGGUAUCGGGAAGUGUUUCUAAAGCGCAGGAAGUUGUUAAUGCCUGGAAGAGCUUGGCAGGAUUACAGAAGCAGAGAUUGAGAGAGUCUGUUGGGCCGCUGAACACCAGGGUUAACACGCAACCCUAACCCUAACCCUAACCCAAAAAACAAGGUCCUGGGUGACCCGGCUGAGCCGUCCCUGCAGUUACUGUCCUGUUUUUCUGUUCCAACGUUCAGUCGGAAGGCAACCGUGAGCCAAGAAAAACGUUCAUGGUAUUAAAGGGUAAAAAACAAAAAAAGAGUGGGCAACCCUGGCCCUGAAGUGCCAGAGGGUGUCCCUGGUUUUUUGCUCUGUCCAAACCUAUAACUGCUUAAUCAGAUUAAUUACUCAGAUUGAUGAGCACAGGCCAUGACCAUGAUCUGGAGGUAUUCAGCCCUUUCAUUUUCAUUCUGGCUCUGGAUAGUCUCGUGGAUAGGCCGCAAAUAAUCGACCGGCCUAACAAGAUCGAGUUUGGAUGGAAUGAAAGCCGGAAGGAUCACUGGCUGCCCGGGACCAGAGUCUCCAGCCCCAGGGUCCUACGGGAACAGUGGAUCAGAGCCAAAUAUGAAAGGCAGGAAUUCACCAGUCAAGGCAAGCACCUUCAGCAGGCCUAUAGCUCAGGCCUGUAUGAGGGGUCCCUGUGGAAGAAAGGAAGGGACAACGGACACUAUCUGAAGAGGAGAUUUGUUCUGUCUGAGAAGGAUUUCACACUCAGAUACUUCACCACUGACAGUCAAACCAAAGGCCCCAAAGCAGUCAUCGCGGUGAAGACCCUGAACGCCACCUUCCAGCCGGAGAAGAUCGGCCACCCGCACGGCCUCCAGCUGACCUACCUGUGUGAAGACCACACCCGGAAUCUGUUUGUGUACCAUGAGGACGCCCAGGAGAUCGUGAACUGGUUCUGUGCCAUUCGAGCGACCCGUUUGGCUUACCUGAAGACGGCGUUCCCCAUGGCCAGCGACAGUGAACUGUUGCCCUGGAUAACCAGGAAUUACCUGAAAGAGGGUUACAUGGAGAAGACUGGUCCACUGCAACGAGAGCCGUUCAAGAAGAGGUGGUUCGUGCUCGACGCUGCGGACAGGAAGUUGCUCUAUUUUAAAACUCAGCUGGACGCGGUGGAGCUGGGCGCGGUGUUCAUCGGCCAGGAGAGCCAGGGCUACUCCACGGGGGAAUGCGAGCCGAGGGGCACCCGCGGCAACAAGUGGAAGUUCGGCAUCAUCGUGGAGACGCCAGAGCGGCAGUUUGUCUUCAUGUGCGAGCAGGAGCGCGAGCAGAAGGAGUGGGUGGCGGCCUUCUCCCAGGUCAUCUCCCGGCCUAUGCUCCCACAGGACUACACCAGUAAGCCCCACCCACUGCCCCCCAGGACUACACCAGUAAGCCCCACCCACUGCCCCCCAGGACUACACCAGUAAGCCCCGCCCACUGCCCCCCAGGACUACACCACUGAGGUGAACUUGAGGAGGCGAAGAUGACUGCAGGAGACUCCUCACGCGGAGGAGACAGGAGCCCAGAGACUCCUCACGCAGUUGAGACUGGAGCCCAGAGACUGCUCACACAGUUGAGACUGGAGCCCAGAGACUGCUCACAAAGUUGAGACUGGAGCCCAGAGACUCCUCACACAGUUGAGACUGGAGCCCAGAGACUCCUCAAGCGGAGGAGACUGGAGCCCAGAGACUGCUCACACAGUUGAGACUGGAGCCCAGAGACUCCUCACACAGUUGAGACAGGAGCCCAGAGACUGCUCACACAGUUGAGACUGGAGCCCAGAGACUCCUCACACAGUUGAGACUGGAGCCCAGAGACUCCUCACACAGUUGGGACAGGAGCACAGAGACUCCUCACACAGUUGGGACUGGAGCCCAGAGACUCCUCACACAGUUGAGACUGGAAUGCGCACAGCCAGCCGAACGACUCCGGACAGGGUGACGACCUCAAGGUCUGGAGGCGAACCACGGGAGCAAGAUGAACAGGUUCCCACGGUUACGACCUGCUCCUUGGCAUGAACGGGAGACCAGUCUUAACAUCACCCACCUGCUGAUCACUGAUAAUGGACUUCAGUACUUUGUUUCCUGGACCUUUACCUUUGGACACCUGGCUACAGUAUUAAAAGAAGUCUUUAAGGGAUCUGUACAUGUUGCAAAUCUGCAUUAGCUUUCAAUAUGGCGGGUGCUGUUGGCCUGUUAACUUUGGAGGCUACAAAAAUUAGGUGAACGACAAUCUAGAUCUGACGUAAAAUUUUAAAUAAUUUAUUCGGGGGGUGGGGAGGGGGCACACCAGUGCAUGGGAGCCUGUCGUUCAGAACUGGUUCUGACUGCCCAAAUAAGGAACUGGUCUUCAAAAACACAGCGAUUUUAGUGACAGGCACAUGAAGUUUGCUGAAAAAUAUAUUACGACAUGCUUCCUUUCUGACACGCUGCAUGCAGAACAUCCUACUGAAAAAGUUUGACACCAAGAGGUUAGAUGCGUUCCUCUUUCGCAAGAAAAUGAAAACUGUGGAUUGUUCCGCCAGAUUGAAAGUUUGUGUGCAUGGCAAAAAAAAAAAAACUCUACCAAGAAUUGUGUAUUUUACCUAAGUCAUGUUUCUAUUUUUGUUGUUGGGGUCUUACCUCAGACGCUCCUAUCCACAGAGGAACUGAAAUUGGUUGCAAACUCAGUGCUGAAACCACAGAAUGCAGUGCCCCAUUUACAGGAAACAUUACUGGCGGCGGACGAAGGAUGCACGCAGUGUAACUCUUGUGAACUUCUCCUUAACCGUGGUUUUGUGUGGCCGUACAUUUAUUGGAGAGAAAGAUUCACAGGUUAUGAAAAACUGGCAACUUGGAUCCCCAGGUGGCAAAGCCAGGUGAGAGUGCAGCGAUGCGCUCUGGUACUCACACCUGUGCCCUGGGAGACUCUCAGAGGGAGGUACCUGGCCAUAGUGUCACACAGAGAGGGAAGGUUCCACCUGCUGGGGUUUACCGUCAUUGCAGGCAUCAGCAGAUCUAGAGUGGCUUACACAACUUUUUACACAGCGUUUACACUGCAUCCAUUUAUACAGCUGGAUAUGUACUGAAGAUGUGCAGGUUAAAUAACUUGCUCUUACCUGGGAAUCGAACCUGCGACCUUUAGGUUACAAGACCAGUUCCUUAACCAUGAUAUGACACUACCUUGUCAGCAUUGACCCUUUAAUGGUGUGAGAUCACAAAUUAUGUGAUUAGAAUGUCCUUCACUGUACAUUCUAAUGCUGAUGAUGUAACAAUCACUGCUGGUGACUUGAAAGCAGUGGAGUUCUGGAACACCGACCGACAAAAAACAUUCCGAAAAAAAAAAAACCUGCCCUUCAAAGGGUUAUAUCACACAAGUGUAGCAUCCUGGGUGAGUGCAGCUGCUUGCAGUCUGCCAGUGCUCACUGCGCACGAAGGUGGGGGGGGUACUCCAGCACAGAAACCGCACGCCGGCUGGCACCUUGUGCCUUGGAGGACGUGCGUCGCUAACCGAGCGCUCCCUGGUCGACAAAGCGGUGCAUUAAUUGGGAAACUAAUGGGACUGGCCUAUUAACAGGGCUGGGCCUUCCAAAUUGGGAAAUUGUAAAUGGACUGCAUUUAUAUAGUGCUUUUAUCCAAAGCACUUUACAAUGGAUGCCUCUCAUUCACCCAUUUCACACACACCAGCAGUGAAAGGCUGCCAUGCAAGGUACCAGUCAGCUCGUUGGGAGCAAUUAGGGGUUAGGUGUCUUGCUCAGGGACACUUCGACACACCCAGGGCGGGGGAUCGAACCUCCUGAGCUAUGUCGCCCUAAUAAACAACGGGACAGAUAGAUGGUUAUAAGAGAGAAGAACUGAUAUAAUUCGUGCCUUACCUCUUCAGCCCUCUCUUCACAGACCGGUGACUGAGCUGUGAUUAAAACCCGUUGGAAAUGGACGGCUAAAGGUAAUGGGGCGACAUAGCUCAGGAGGUAAGAGCGGUUGUCUGGCAGUCGGACGGUUGCCGGUUCGAUCCCCCGCCCUGGGCGUGUCGAAGUGUCCCUGAACAAGACACCUAACCCCUAAUUGCUCCCAAACUUGCAUGGUAGCCUUUCACCGUUGGUAUGUGUGUGAGUGUGUGUGUGUGAAUGAGAGGCAUCAAUUGUAAAGCGCUUUGGAUAAAAGCGCUAUAUAAAUGCAGUCCGUUUACCAUUUGAAGGUCACUACUCCACGCUCGUAGCUUUGUGUGGGGGGGAGGCAAGAGAGCUUGUUCCACUGCCGUGGAAAAUCCCCACAGUGCCGCGCCACACCUUACUUCGAAGAUUCGUUUGUGCCAGGGAGAAAAGUUCGGUGACUGUGGUGCAGUGCACUGGAUUUUGAAACAUCACCCCGGUUAGAGCUGGUUGUUCACUGGCUGCCCGUUCUCCCGCAGACACGGGCUCGGGGGGCAGAGCCGUCUGUGUUGCGACCGUGUAGCCAUCGAUGGCCACCGUCGUAGCGGGACACACAGCGCCCGUGUGCUGUCACACGCACCUGGACGACUCUUACCUGUGCAGUCUCGGACUCGGCUGCUGUUUCGUGUAUCUGCUGCUUUGCUCUGGUCCUGUGCGAAGAGCCUUUUACAAAAACACUUUACAGGAAACUCCACUUCCUGCAUUAUUGGUAUAAACAUGCAAACUGCCUGUAGGCUAUAUUUACUUAACCAGGGUAGGUUUGCUGAGCACGCACGCUCUUUUUUUUAAGCGACACCCUGCUUCAUGCUAAUACACAUUCACACCUAGGAGCUGCCUGGUACAACCGCAAUCCUCUAUUUUUGGCCACUGAGCAGCUCCACUGGAGAGAGAGAACUUUUUUUUUAAGCCAAUUAAAUCAGGGGAUGAUUAGGUGGCAAGUUUUUGCGAGAGCCAGAUCUGGGAUUUUAGCCAGGACACUGGGGAAGCGGGGAACCCCCUACUCUUUUUGCGAAUAGUGUCAUGGGAUCUUUAAUGACCACAGUGAGUCAGGACCUCGGUUUAACGUCUCAUCCGAAAGACGCCAUCUCCUACAGCACAGUGUCCCCAUCACUGCUCUGGGGCAUUGGGGUUUAUUUGACCAGAGGGAAGAUUGCCCCCUGCUGGCCCACCAACACUACUUCCAGCAGCAACUCAGUAUUCCCUGGUGGUCUCCCAUCCAAGUACUAACCAAGCCCACACUUGCUUAGCUUCAGCCAGUUGACAGGAGCAGAGUGUGUGGUGGUAUGGCUGCUGGCAGUGGUGGUAUGGCUGCUGGCAAUAUAUAUGAACAGAUUGAAUUUGGAGCCUUUAUUCACACUUAUAUUUUUGGAUUUUUAUAUCAUGCUGGCAAUUAUUUCCUUGAGCACAACGGUCUCAUUGAAUGGGCCAUUGAAAAUUUUCCAACCAAAAAUAAGUUGUAAUGUAAUUUUUUUUUUUAAUUGUAAAGUUGGCAGGUUGUCAGAAACGUCUCAAUAUAUCCAAAAUAUCCUUCCUCACUCACAAAAACACUGAAUUUUUUAAAAAAAAUCCAGUGUCCUAUGAGGGUUACCCAAGAUCCAUCAUAAAAACCGUUGUAAAAAGUUUGAAGUUCCAUUUUUAUCGGGAAAUGGGGACAAGGAAAUUAGCCAGUAAGUUCAGUGUGAUUCCCAUCACCCAUUAUAUCUAAUGCAAGACUAAAGAGAGGAGGGUUAAUUUGGUUUCCACUGUGAAUAAACUGACGCCAGUGUUCAAGGAAACAAAAGAACUGCCAAAUUCCUCUUUACUGGAUUUUGUUGCCCCCUACUGGCAAGUUAUAGAAUUAUAUGAAUCAUUUAAAGCACAUUAACUUGUCUUGUAGACAGAGAAAUUUUCAUUUUAAUGUAUUUUAUUCACACACAGUUCAUUCAUGAAGUAAAAAUGAGAAACAGAGCGUACUUUUGACUUGAAAAUAGGUUAAUCUGGGUUUAAUUUGAACUGCAUAUUUUAAAGGGCUGUGAUUAACUGUGCUAACUUCAAACAGAAUGUUAUGCUUACUGCCUGCAUGGAAACGGAAAAAAAAGAAUUAAAUUUUAUUACUGUAUUUCAGCUAGAAAUAUUUCCAUUUACUCCUCUGUACAUAGCCUAGUCUGAAAAACUACAUGAAAUUGGCCAAAUUAAAUGGUUCACUAUG